GUGCCUCUGCGUCGUACGUCGCCACGCCGCCGCAUGCGUUUACGUAAAGCUUGCGCUCCGGUUUCCCUGGCGGAGAAGAUGGCGGCUCCUGGACCGGGGGAGUAUUUCAGUGUCGGGAGCCAUGUCUCUUGCCUCACCUGUUUAGGCCAACGUUUGCAGGGAGAGGUGGUAGCUUUCGAUUACCCGUCCAAGAUGCUGACUUUGAAAUGUCCUUCCUCCAGCGGUAAGCCCAACCUCAGUGACGUCAUCUUGGUUAACCUAGCCUAUGUUUCAAAUGUGGAUGUUAUUAAUGACCGCACUGAGACUCCUCCUCCUCUAGCAUCCUUGAAUAUUAGUAAGCUUGCCAAUCGGGCAAGGACAGAAAAGGAAGACAAGUUGUCCCAAGCCUAUGCAAUCAGUGCUGGGGUGUCAGUCGAGGGCCAGCAAUUAUUCCAGACUAUACACAAAACCAUCAAAGACUGUAAAUGGCAGGAGAAGAACAUCAUUGUUAUGGAUGACGUCGUAAUCUCACCACCGUACCAGGUGGAGAACUGCAAAGGCAAAGAGGGAAGUGCUCUAAGUCAUGUACGCAAAAUUGUUGAGAAACAUUUUAGAGAUGUGGAAAGCCAGAAGUCGAUGCAACGUACACAAGCACAGCAAACACAGAAGGACUCGUCUUUAUCCUCCUGAGUGGGGGAGUGGGGGGGGUGUAUGGCUCAUCUGGGGAGGGCACCACGGGCAUCAAGGGCCUAGCAGCUGGUCGAAACCAGCGCUCUUCUCCCCCUCUGCGGCGUAGUCCGAGGGUGGAUGCACCAAGGGCCUAGGGUCUGGAAGAUCAACAAAAGAAAAAA